AUGGUCAUUUUAACAAAUGUUUUGAUUUCGGGCGGCGUGACUCUCACUGCGCGGCGCGGUGGCGGAGAGCAGGAAUGGCACAACGGCGGCGCAGCAGCCGCGGGAGGGGCGCCAGGGAGGGUCGGGGCGGGGGUGCUCGUCGGGAGCGCUCCGGAUGCACUCGCACUCGUCGCGCCGCGCCACGUCGAGCUUGUCGUAUCACAUGGCCAGCAGGCGCACCCAGCCAUGGAGACGCUCGAGCUAAACGUAGGCGGAGUGUACUACACUGUGUCCGCGUCCACGCUCGCCCAGGACCCGGAAUCCACGCUCGCCCAACUCGUCCAGUCGCCGACGGCCCCGCGCGACUCCAAGAACCGCGUCUUCGUCGACCGCGACGGUGUGCUCUUCCGCUAUGUCUUAGACUUCCUGCGCAAUCGGAAACUGGUGCUUCCGGAGAACUUCCGCGAGAAGGACCGGCUCGCCCAGGAGGCGGCCUUCUACAACCUGCCCGCUCUCGUCGACGCCGUCCAGAGCCGGAAGAAGUCGUCCGGCUACAUCACGAUCGGCUACCGCGGGAGCUUCGCCUUCGGCCGCGACGGGCUCGCCGACGUCAAGUUCCGGAAGAUCACGCGGAUCCUCGUCUGCGGCCGCGUGACCCUCUGUCGGGACGUCUUCGGAGAGACGCUCAAUGAGUCUCGGGACCCGGACCAUGGGUUGACCGACCGCUACACGGCCCGCUUCUUCCUCAAGCACUCCUCCAUCGAACAGGCCUUCGACAUGCUCCAGGAGCAGGGCUUCUACCUCACCGGUAGCUGUGGCUCGGGCACCGCCGGUGGGACCUCCGCCCAGGAUCUCAAGCCUGGUGUUGAUGCUGAGGAGAGCCGCUGGAACCACUACAACGAGUUUGUCUUCUGCCGGGAUUAAACGUCAAACUUCACGAAUCCAAAGACGAAGUUUUUCCCCCCAUCCAACUCGUCCUGUUGUUAUGAAGGAUAACAUUAUGUGGAUCGUUCUUUUGAAUGGGAGGAUGUGCACAUUAACAGCCGCGAAAGGUAAAAACUAAGCAUGGAAUCCAGAGAUAUAGUUUUUUCCCCUCCGUAACCUCUGCCCGAAGCCGUGAAUCAUUCUUGGGAUGGCUCGUUUUUUUUGCAAGGAUGUGUAAAUUUGCAGCCGAGUAGGUUCUCCAACUCGUCACAUCAUUUUUCUGUGAUACGGUCGAUGAAUACCGUCUCAGUGUGCGGUGCCAGUGUUAUAUCAUUUCCAGUAGAGAAAAAGAACGCUGAAUUUGGAGGUUCCUAUAAUAUUUUCUCUCCGAUCGUGAGUGUGUGAGCUGGAAUUAAAACACCCGGUUUCUAUGUAAGCUUAAAUACCGACGAGUUAUUUAACGGUGAGAAGAAGUGCUUUUAUCGCACCUCCUGAUUUUGAAAAUCCGAGUGAUUAAAGUGCCGUGGAUUCUGCCUCUAUUCACUGCCCGUGUGUCGCCACGAGAACUGACUUCUUGGAUAACAUUCUAUUGAAAGUUCUCCAAUGUGUGUAUAAAAGGUAGGUGUACGUCUACAGCCAAGCAAGUUACCAAAAUCUUCUCAUCGUGUCCCUGUGAACCUGUUGGUGAAUUGAGUCAUCCUAUGUGGUGUCAGUAUUGCAUCAUCUCUAGUUAGAAGAAAGGACGUUGCAUUGGAAACUGUUAUACAUUGAUGCACUUGAAUCUGUGAAUUCGAAUAGUCUCCAGAGCCUCUAGACCCUCUAGACAAAUAAACUUUAAAAAAGAAUUGAAAAUACAUACUGAAAAAAUGUAUCGGCUCCUAGAAAACCCUUGAAAGUUUUAGAAAACCCGACUAACUACCGUAUAAGUCAGUGUUUUAAGCUCUAAGCCAUGCGAUCUUACUGUCCGAUAAUUUGACUGGAUUAAGUCGAGAGGAAGCAAGCCACAUUUACGGUGAAAAAAAUAAUUUUGGAGGGCUUCCAUAAGUUUAACUGACAAUAAGUUUUCCUUUUUCAAAAUGUUCAAUUCAGCGUCUAGAAUAUCCAUUCUGAAUAGUAAAACAAGGAUUAUACUGCAUCUUUAGCAGUGAAUCUGAAGGAGAAAUAAAAUUUCGAAGCUCGAUUGCAACAUGUUUGUGGCUUGGUUACUCCAUGCUUAUCUCGACUCUAGUCAGGUAUUAAUUUUGAAAAGGGAAAAUCUCCUCCAUUAGUUUGGAAUUUACUUUUGAAAGGAAAUAAGAUUGCCAUGAGAUGGCGCAUUCACCCUAAAAUUUCUGAAAAAUCACAAGGGUGGCGUGAAGAUCCGUACUUGUCGAAGUGACUGCUUCAAUUAUGCUGUGAGUUUGAAAUCAGCAUUUUAAUUCGAUAAUGGGUUAAAGAUUUUUAAAGAGAGCAGUGUCGUUAGAGGUAAAAGUGGCUUCCAAGAACUUCGAUCCGUAACAAAUGAUAAACUAUGCCAAAAAUGAUGAUCGGCAUAAAAUGGUUGCAGACAGAGCAUAUAAGAAUCGCGCGGAAAAUUGGUUGGAACUAUUUAGAGCUCAUCUUUUCAGGACGAACCCUGGUUUAGAAAAACGAUUUUGCAUCAUUGUGAGAACAUGAUAUUCAUAGAGAGAGCGAAGAAACAUGCCGGAAAAGAGUCUCUCUCUUUUUUCUUUAAUUUUUUUAAUUUUCAUCACCAAUAAAAACAAGAAGAUUACUUUUAAACUGAUACGGGUGGGCUAUGUUCUUUUUUAAUUUAUCAGAUUUUUCUUUUUUCGUUUCAGAGCAUUUAAUGUUUAAAAAAAAAUUCCCCCUCGUUUAGGAAUUUGAAUUUGAAUCUCCCUUCCUGUUGCAUUUAUUAAAUUAAGUUUCAAAAUUGAUUCUUCCUCCCUUGAUGUUGAGGAAUAUUUUGAGGGAAAGUUGUGGAGAGUAAAUAAACCAUUUUAGCUGCAAAUACUUUAACAACAACACAUUUUGACACUUUAAGGAUUUCGGAAGAAAGGUGCCCGAAUCACCCGACUUUUAUUACGUCGAUCAAAUUAAUGUACUUGUUGUAGUAUGGUGACCUAGAUGAAGAUCUGACUGGCUGAAUAAAAAUUCUUCGAUUAUUGGACAUCGUUCUCUGCAAUAUAUUGCAGAUUGUAAGGCAUAUUUAUGUUACUAAAUAUGUAGUAUAAAAAAUCUACUCCAAUGAGAGAAAAACAUAGGUAGAUCUGCAGAGUUUAGGUAUAGUCUCUUGAGGUUCUGCCUAAACUCUAUGGUUCUAUAGUCUAUUUUUUUCGGUGCUCUAAAUAGUCGAUAAAUUUUAAAAAAAAUUAAAAUCUUAAAAGUCCCUCCUCUGCCUUUAUCAUUUUUACCAAGAGAUUAUUAUUAUUUCUUCCCGGAAUAAUUAUGAUGAUUUAUGUAAUGAUUUAAACAACUCUUGUUUCGAAAUAAAUAAUAGAAACUUGACGGCAGCCUUGUUUGGGUGAGCCGUUGUUUUUCACUUUUAUUAGGUCUAGCAGUAUCAUGAUUCCAAGUUUCCUCUGCACAGUAUAAUAAAGGCAGAAACAAAAUUAGAAACGUUCCUCCUACCAAUGCAC